AUGCCUCAAGCUUAUAAUCAUAGAUUAACAAAAUAUAUUCAUGUACAAAAUGAUUUGAGCCCAGCACAAAAAGCUAAGCGGGCUAUAUGUAAAGCCUGUGAAAGCAAAGAAAUUUAUUUCAAAGAGAAGAAAAUGAAGUGUCUAUAUUGGCGUGAGUUUUGGAUUGAAGAAGACCAAGAAAUAAUGACGUAUCCUGAUCCUGAUGAAACAAUAGCUCGAAAUGCAGUUAUAACAUUAAGACAAGCAAGAACUCAAAAUAAUACAUUAUCUAUAUCUAUUGCUUCUUCAGGUUCUAAUACCUAUUUUGUUGUUCGUCAAUUAUUACCUACUGAACAGAAUGAAUUUCAUCGUCGACUUCUUCAAUAUGCUGAAAAAUCAGAAAGCGCUCAAGUCUCUACUCUUUUAGAAACGCAAGAACCAAAGAAUGUGCGCCGUCAAGAAAUUUUGGAAGCUGUUAUUCUUUCAGCAACAAACAGAUUAAAUGUAUGGGGUGCUAAAGACAUAAGUAGCACUAGUCAAAAAACAACUAAUGUAUUAAACACAAUUCGUACUUUUUUAAAACGUGCAAAAAAACAAAAUCUAAAUGUAGUAGCUAUGGUAACUGAUAGUGCAUCAUCUUACGCAUCAGCACGAAGUAAAUGGGCUUUACAAUCGUAUUCAAUUCUUUAUUUAAAUUCAAAUAAGCUAUCAAGUAAAGCACGAACUGCUAUAAAUAGUCAUGAUGCUGCAAAUCUUUUUGAUGUAACUUAUUCAUUUACAUAUAUUGCACAACAGUACGAGAAUGAAACUGAUGGGUUUGGUUAUGCAAUGCUACAGAAACUUGAAAAGCAUUGGGCUAACUGGGAACAACCAUUGCUUUUUUUAGCACUAGCUGGAUUGAAUAUUAUUACGAAAUGUGGCAUUUUCACUGACGAACGGUUUAAUAAUACUCUUGAAGCAAUUUCAGAAGAACAUAAUGUACAAAGUAAGGUAUCAAAUAGUGUAGUUGGGCUUGCACUAAUGCGGUAUUGGGAGUUUGCUGCACUUAAUCUAAAAGAAAUUGGCAAGAUUGCACUUAGGUUGUACGGCAUUAAAGUCAAUUCAGCCCCAUGCGUACGACUUUUUUCUCGCAUGAGGUGGUUAACCCUAAACGAUGUCGCCUUAAG